GGUGAAAAUGAAGGCGGACGACAAGCCUGCCUACCUGACUGUGGGCACGGAAGUCAGUGCCAAGUUCAGGGGUGCCUUCUGCGAGGCGAAGAUCAAGACCGUGAAAAGGCUGGUGAAAGUCAAGGUACUCCUGAAACAGGAUAAUACAACACAGUUUGUGCAAGAUGACCAAGUCAAGGGUCCUUUAAGAGUUGGAGCAGUUGUUGAAACCAGGACGCCUGAUGGAUCCUUUCAGGAAGCUGUUAUCAGCAAGUUGACCGAUGCUAGCUGGUAUACUGUGGUGUUUGAUGAUGGUGAUGAGCUAACCCUGACACGAAGCUCUCUCUGCCCGAAAGGGGAGAGGCACUUUGCAGAGAGCGCGACACUUAAUUACUUUCCAUUAAUAAAUCCAGAGGAAUUCGGAAAACCAGUAAUUGCAAAGAAGACAGACCAGGGAAGGAAGUCCUCACUUUCUGUUAACGAAGAUGAGAAGGAAGAAAAAAGUAGUGAAGAGGAAGAUAAGCAGCGUCUCAAUGAUGAGUUUUUAGGAAAAGUUGUGACAGUGGUUUCUAUGCCUGAGACGACUGAAUGGUACCCUGCUUUGGUAGUAUCUCCCAGCUGCAAUGAUGACAUCCCAGUGAAAAAGGAUCAGUGUUUAGUUCGAUCAUUUAUUGAUUCUAAAUUUUAUGCUAUAGCGAGGAAGGAUAUUAAAGAAGUAGACAUUCUCAAUCUGCCAGAAUCUGAGCUCUCCACUAAACCAGGGCUGCAGAAAGCAAGUAUCUUCUUAAAAGCUAGAGUUCUUCCUGACAAUUGGAAAAUGGAUCUAAGUGAAAUCCUGCAGUCAUCCAGUAGUGAUGAUGAAGAUGUCCCAGAUAAAGAAAAGGAAAAGGAAACCAAAAAGGAAGAGAAGGUGCCUAAAGAACUUGAUCCUAAAGAGAGGGACAACUUCCUCCAGCAGCUUUAUAAGUUUAUGGAAGACAGAGGUACUCCAAUUAACAGACCACCUGUUUUGGGCUAUAAAGAUAUCAAUUUCUUCAAACUUUUUAGACUGGUUUACCUUCAGGGUGGAGGUGACCAUAUUGAUAGUAGUGCUGUAUGGAAGCAAAUUUAUAUGGACCUUGGCCUUCCAAUUUUGAGUUCAUGUGCUUCCUACAAUGUAAAAACUGCUUAUAGAAAGUAUCUCUAUGGUUUUGAAGAGUACUGCCAUUCUGCAAAUAUUCGAUUUAGAACCAUUCAGCACCAUAAACCAAAAACUGAAGAAGAGACAACAGAAGACAAAUUAAAAGAUAAUGAUUUAGAACAUAAGGAUGUAGAUGUUGACUGUGAAACCACAGAGAAAGACGAAAACAGGCUAGUACUGGGGAGAAAAAAUACACCAAAGCCUAAAGAGAAGAAAGUCAGAAAGCAAGAGGGCACCGACCGAGACUCAGAGGGAGAGGGAGAAGAAGAAAAGAGCCAAGAGAGGGAAGAAACUGAGAGGGAAUGUGACUCUGAAGGGGAAGAAGAUGAAGAAGACACGGAACCCUGUCUAAUAGGAACCAAAGUGCAAGUGAAAUAUGUACAAGGGAAAACUCAGAAUAUCUACGAAGCCAGAAUUAAAAGCACUGAGAUCAAUGAUGGAGAAGUUUUAUACUUGAUACAUUAUUAUGGAUGGAAUGUCAGGUAUGACGAGUGGGUGAAGGCUGACAGGAUUAUCUGGCCUUUGGACAAAGGUGGACCAAAGAAAAAACAAAACAAGAAAGCUGAGAAUAAAGAAGAUAGUGAAAAGGACAGGAAGAGAGAGGAAGAGAGGCAGAUGAAGCAGGGGCGGCCCUCUCUGCAAUCCAGCCUGCCCUCCGGCUCUCUCUUUGGCCUGCCCAAAGCAGCCCAUGGUGAAGCCAAAUCGGACUCUUGUUCUUCUCAUAGUGAAACAGAAGACCCUCUAGAAAAGAGUUUGAUAAAUGAGGAACUUUUCCCUGAUAGUAAAGAAGAAUUAGAAAAAAAUGAAAAUUUUAAUAAUGACACACUACAUGAAGAAAACCCAAAGAUAGCUGGAUAUGUGCUAAAAGACAAUGAUAGAACAGCAGCACAGCCUUUAGAAACCCUGCUGCUGGAAGGUGGAGAGAACGAACAAAAUGUGCAGCUUUUUGGAAACCAAGGGGAGAAAGUUAAGAAGGAGGCAGAAAAAUCUCCAAAAGGCAAGGGAAGUGGAAGCAAAACAAAAGAUAUUUCUUUAGAAAUGAUAAAGAUUUCGUCAUUUGGCCAGGCUGACACCGGAAGUGAGCCUCAGGUGGACGCUCAUAGCCUCGAAUUUUCUUCAUUAGACAGUAAAAACUUCGUUGCUGCUGGAGAUGAAAUCUACCCAUAUGGGAAAGAAAGGAAGUUGAAAUGGAAGAUACCAGGACAGUGGUCAGAGGAGAAGUUAAGAAUGGAGAAUGGCAUGCGCAUGAAGAACAGUGUUUCUCAGGACAGGACCGGUGACUGUAUUGCAUCCGAGGAGACAAAGAGUUUGCAGUUGGAGCCAGAGAAUGAAGGAAUGCUGUCCGAGGCCAGCCAGUGCGGCUGGAAGUUGGCCUAUGAGGAGCUCAAGUGUCCCGCGGAAGAGACUGCCAGCGCACCCAUCAAGGAGGAGGAGGACGCCAUGCCGCUGAUCGGACCAGAGACCCUAUACUGCUACGAGGUGGACCUGGACGACUUGGAUGAGGAGGACAAGCCCGGCGCAAAGGACGCGGCCAUGGAGAACUCUGAGGCCAGCUCUCUGGUCUCCAUGCCCCCCGCCGUCGCUCCCGCAGGCCCCCACAGCUCCUCCGCGGCAUUGCCCCUGGGCCUGAGUCAGGACGAGUCCCAGAGAGUGCGGAGUGAGAGCUACCCCACCAUUGGGGUGGAUGGCACUGCUGAGGGGUCCCUCGAGGGGCCCUGCGAGUGCAAGCGGCCCACGGCCAGUAGAUUCGACGCUGGCGCAGGCCCCGCUGCCUGCAGUUUAAUUGCACAAGAGAGAAAAAGCAGAGAGAAGGAUAAAAAAAGGCCAAGGGAUGGAGAUGGUGGAUUAAAGGCAAAAAAACAAAAGCGAACCCCAAAAAGGUCAAGGGCUGUAGCCAAAAAUGAAAAGAAUAGAGCAAUAAAGAGCAGUGAUAGUGAAGCUCUUCCUGCUGUAAACAACUCAAGUAAAUGUACUCCAGUAAAGCGUCUUAGUGUAUCUAAGCCACCAAAGCAUGCACAGUCUCCUGCCAGAAUCUCUCCUCACAUCAAAGACAGAAAGAAAGAGAAGCAAAGAGAAAAGCAUCCCAUUUCCUCCCCCAGGACGUAUAAGUGGAGCCUUCAACCUAAUGAAUUAGAUAACAUGAACAGCGCAGAGAGAAUCUCUUUUCUCCAAAAAAAAAUACAGGAAAUCAGAGAACGCUACAUGUCUCUGAAGUCUGAAGUUGCAAGCAUAGACAGGCGCAGAAAAAUGUUAAAAAGGAAAGAAAGAGAAGUGGCUCACGCGGGAGCCUCCAGGUCAUCAGCUUGGUCAGACACCGGAAUAAGUCCCUCAUCAUCAUCCCCCCACAAAAUGUCCUUGAUGUAGAAUGCAGGAGGGUAUUUCAGCGACCCCACCAGUGCAAGGGACAUCUGUCUCCAUCCUUCG